AUGCUUCUCAUUCCGACUCACUCUCUCAUUUUUUCUCUUCCUCUCUCUUUUCUUAUGCCACUUUACUACUUCUCCCAUUCACUCUUUUUCUUCCCUUCUUUUCUCUCUCUCAUUUCUACUACACACUCGAUUCUUCUCCUUUCUUUCUUUCUUUCUUUCUUUCUUUCUUUCUUUCUCCUUCUUCCCCUCCCCUCCCCUGCUCCCAUUCUCUCUUUCCUUUUCUCUUUCUUCCACUCCUCCCCAGUUCGACUCACUCUCUCAUUCUCAGACUCCCCCUCUCUCCUUAUCUCACUCACUACCACUCCCAUUCACUCUCUCCCCUUUCCUUAUUCUCUUUACCCUUUCAACCUUCUCUUACUCACUCACCCCUCACCUCUCUCUCUCGUUCAUUUCUUCUUCUCUCCCUCCUUCUUUCUCUCUCACUCUUUCUUUCUCUCUUUCUCUCCACCUUAA